AUCAACGAACCCCCUGCACCAGCAUCGCAUCUCCCACCAGCGAGUCCGUUUGCAUCGGUGCUCUUCCUCCGUCAGCAAACUGGGAGACUCUGCCCAUUUCCCCACCACUAUUCGCCCCUUCGCCCCGUCCCAACCGACUCCAUGACCGCCAGCAUCGCUCCCGUCCCAAUCGAUCCCACAAACCUCCAGUGGCUCGUCCACCAAGCCCCCUGGCAGCUGAUUGCCCCGAACUGCCUCAACCCGGCCCAGGCUCUGGAUUCCGAGGCAGCAGGCAUGCUCGGGGACAACCUCCUGGCCACCAACCGGUGCAUUCCGAGCUAUGAGUUCAAUGUGACCCUGCCUGGCUUUGUCUACUUUGCCGUGGUUCCCGAGAACAACACCAUCGUGGCCCACAACUGCUACAGCGACCCGACCUGUCGAGCCAACUGCACCGUCGUCGCCCAGUUCUCGACUCUCAACACCGAUCCCUGCACACCCAGCUUCUUCACCGGGGUCUACAGCAGCAAAAACUACACGGAUAUUGACCUAUGGUCGCCACCAUUUUCGACGAAAACCUUCUCCUACUGGACCACCAGCAUCGACGCGGCGCAUUGCUUCGACCCAUAUGCCAUCUCCAGACGCCCGGUCUAUCCAACCUGCACCAAGAUCUUUGAUGGGCUGUACGGUCUCACGACAGCGGACUCGAUGUUUUCGGACCAGAUCAAUCAGCUCGUGUGCGUCGAUGCGGGAUGCCGGAACUGCUCAACUCAAACGUUCGUCAAGCUGACAUACCAGUGUCCGACAGUCACGAUCCAUUCGAGUCCUCCGACACAGCUCCCCAACCGAGUGGAGCUGAAUGUGCCUUAUGAAUCGCUGAGCAAAAGUGCGAGUCCGACGAGUGCCGCCGCUGUUGCCGGAGGAGCCAUAUCGGUCGCUGCCGCUGCAUUGCUCGCGAGUGUCGCAUUGCUGUGUUGAACA